UUUUUAUAUUGACUACAGAUCACGACAGCCACACUGCUCCCACUGCCAACAUUUCUCGGUGUCACGUCAGGCCUACGGAAAGUUUGCAACCAAUUAACUAAAAGUGUGGAAUUAUUCUUCGAGAGGACACCAUAGGAUUAAGAGUGACCAUGGAACGAAUUCGAAUAACGUUCCUCGUUCUGGCGGUUCUCGUGGCUGCUGGUGGGAUUUACGGUGUCAAAACGAGAGCCAGUGGCGACGUCAACGGUAAUGGAUCGGAAACAAAUUGCAAUUACAUGUACAAAGUCGGGAAUGACACGCAACGACCUUGUAUCCUGGCUAAUAUGGAAAUUUCCCUAGAAGCACAAUACAAGACGAAGGAUGACAAGACAAAAACGGCCCAGUAUAAUGUUACAAAGGAAACAAAAAAUGUGGUAGCGACCGGGACCUGUUCGCCGGUGAUGUCUGAACUGGUGUUAACUUGGGACGAGGAUAAAAGCCAGAAUUCAGUGAAAUUCGUGUUGUUCAAUAACGAAACCACGUUCUCAGUCGUGCAUGUAGCUUUUAACGUUUCUUUGAGUGACGCCGAAGCUGCAGUGAAUCGAGUGCAGAAUUCGAUCGACUUGGCCGAAGGGCUAUUCAGCGAAAACGUGCAGAAUAUCUCUGUCUGUACCGACAGUACAGAGAUUCCCAUCUAUAAUUCGAUCAUGACGGUGUCGAAGAUCGAGUUGAUCGCUUUCAACAGCGACGAUAAAUACUGCCAGCGAAAUAAAAGCGAAAAGCAAUGCUCUAAGGGGAAGGUUUUCUCUUACGAUAUCAGCAAAGAGGGCGAUCAGAUUUCAAAUCUGGCGACGAUGUCAAUUUCCCUCGAAAUACCGUACACACAGAGGAACGGCAAAGUUCAGCUAUACAAAGAGAAUUUUACCAAUGUUGCUACUGUAGAUAAUACGCAAUGCAGUAACGAAGGACACUCUUGCAGCGCGGACCUGCAUUGGUACAGCGAUGGGAAAAAAUUCACAUUAUCGAUCACAGUAAGCAUACAUGAUAACGACAUUGCCUACAUCGACAAAGCGACUGUGGAUAUCUUGAUAGACAAAGAACGUCUUACAGAUUCAAAAGACAAUAUAAGACGCAAGGGAACCAUGAACUUACGUUUGUUCCCUGUGGCCAUUGGGAACGGACUUUACAGCUGCAAGACUGGAAACAUACUGCGCUUUGGCGACGUCAAGAUGACGAUAACGAACGUCUUUUUCGCGCCGUUCCACACCGGGAACGGUUUCAACGUGACAAUGUGCGAUCCGGAAACUACAUUCAGUGCACGAAUGUUCAAUUACGCAGUAAAGGAUGCAAAUUCAGGCGUGCCGUGCAUCCUAGGGAACAUGACGAUCGCGUUGGAUGUGACUUACAAAAAGAAAGACAAGACGAAGGGUACGAAAACCAUAAAGGUCCCAUCGAACGCAACGACGAUUGGCAGUUGCGACAAGUAUAUGCCUUACAUGGAUUUGUCAUGGCCGGCGUCCAUGAAUGAGACCAAGAAAGACAAAAUGAAUAGACUUCUUAUUAGCUUUUACCAGACGUCAGGGCUAUACUACGCGGACUACGCCAAAGCCGACAUCUACAACGAUCAGGAGAUAUUCCAGGAUACCGUCGAAACCGACGAGUGGUUGCAUUCGAUUUCUUCAACGACGCUUAGACUACUCACUAAUAACAUGGUAAACGGAUAUUACAAGUGUUCGGACCCUGUCAACGCAACGAUAAACGAUUCGACGAAGAUAAAGAUAAGCGAUGUCAUGUUGAUGGCGUUCAACGAUCAAGAGGACAUUAGUAUAAAAGUUAUGGAGUCUGAUUGCCAUGACAAUAAAACAGAUACGGAUAAAAACAACGGAACUACUAGACCAAAAGGGUACAACUACUAUGUCUUUCCAAAGAAUAGCAAGAUCCCUUGUACUUUAGCGAACAUGGAUAUCACUCUGAACAUACACUACGCGACAAAAACUGGGACUAAUUCAAUAGCGGUGCCAGUGCCCACUAAUGCAACAUCCGACGGAAUUUGCGGUAGCGAGGAAUCCACAUUGAAUAUCGUGUGGUCGAACGAGAAGGGUCAUCCACAUAUGGUGAACUUGACGUUCAAUAAGGAGAGUUCGAGAUUCUUCCUUCAUCAGAUCGAUAUGUCUAUCGACACGACAAGUUUCCCUGAAACGAAAGGAGAGAAGUUCAAGGGACAGAAAGAUAAUCUAAUGCUCUUUUCUGCUGAUGCGUCAAAUAUUUACAAUUGCGAAUCGCAAGAGGAAGUGGCGGGCGACCAGUUCACCGCAACCUUCAGCAAGGUGACCUUGAUCGUCUUCAACGAGGAUGGGGACUACACGAAGAGAUCAGAGGAAAAUUGCAGUACAGCGAAUGUCGGGGCAAUCGUUGGUGGUAUCAUAGGAGGCUUCUUGAUCGUCGGCGUAAUUGGGUACGCGUGGGGCAGUUUCUUAUAUCACCAUUCUGUACCGAAUAUCUGUCAUUUGUGUUCCGCCAUUCCCAUUCAUCGCAAGAACAGCGCAAGGAAGAAGAGAAUGAUAUGCUUCCGGUUCUUAAUUCUGUCGACACUAUUAUUCGCAGUUCUUCAUUGCUACGCUAAUCAGGAACCUAGGAAAAAUGCACCAAAAAUUCCGUGUACCUUAGCUAACAUGUCCAUCACCAUUGUCGUCAAUUACACGAUGAGCAACGACAAGGUAGUAACAAAGAAUGUGACAGUUCCGAGCAACGCUGUGGCAGAAUGCACUUGUGAGCCAAUGAUAUCGACAUUAUCGUUAGUUUGGGGGACCAAGGUGAACGAAGAGGUUCAGCAGAACGUCGUUAAAUUUUUGCUGUUCAAGGACCGCACCAAUUUCUCGGUGUUCUCCGCCGACAUCGAUAUUUUCUUGGACCCGAUGAACUUUCCCGAUGCUGCAGAUAAACGACGGAUCACGAAGACCAAGAUUGACCGUGGCUUGUUUCACGCGCCAAUUGAGGAUGGCCGGUACAAAUUUUCCAAGGAGGAGAGGAUUAAGGUCGAUAACGACACUGCCCUAAUCCUCACGGACGUUUCGUUGAUCGUGUUCAACACCAUAAAAAAUGAUACUCAGUGGAAUGACGACAUUUGGCACGAAACACCACGAAUUCAUGGCUUCUUCGAGAGUGAUUUCAAUUAUGUAGUGAGAGACCCAAUAUCAAACAUCCCUUGCUCUUUGGCAAGCAUCACAAUUUCCGUGAAUUUAAGAUAUAAAAUAACGAAUAAUUCGGAGAUACAAACGACAUUUGCAAUGCCAAAAAACGCAAACGUUAGUGGAAAUUGCGAUCUUAGAAAUCCCAUGAUGACAUUGUUGUGGGUGCCAAAAAAUGCAGUAAUUGACAUGGAGAGUCCUAACGGAAUGCAGAAUUCGAUCUCGUUGAUAUUUAGCGAAGAUGACUUGAAAUUUCACGUUAGCAUGAUUUCGGUGGACUUUUAUCUGGAUGAGAAGAAUUUCCCGGAUGUGUCAGAUUCAAUGCAACGGAGAUAUAAGGUGGACAUUAACAAUCUGAACUUGUUCGACGCUGACAUUAUGGAUGUAUACAAGUGCGAUUCUGAAACUGUCGUAGAAUUCCAUGAGGUCCAAUUAACGUUCAGUGACGUCGCAAUAACUGCGUUCAACACUUUUUGGGAUGGUAAGUACAUUUCUUUGUCGCAUGUCAGAACACCCAAACAAAUAUUCAGUUAAAAUCGCUUACUUUCAGUUUUAUA